AUGUGGUUCUACGUUACUAUCGCAAUCCUAUUCGGUUAUACAAUUGUUCUGAUCGCAUUUUUUAUGGGAUGGUGUACAUUAAUGCCAACUUUGUGUCAUCCUCGGAAGGAGAUACCGUUCAGUGCAGUCAAAUCACCUCGACGGAACACAAAGUACAUCGAAAUAGACUCUGUUUCAUCCAGCGCGUCUCUGGACAUGUUCAAGCAAUUACCCCGAAGGUUCUCCGAAGCAAAUGCCAAGAAAACCUCUCUCGACGUUCCACCUCCACCUCACCGCUUCAACGACUACCUGCACCCGAAGUACUCACUACCGCCCGUAAAAAUCGAUAUCGAAGAGAUCAGGUGGGAGUACGAGCAACUUCUCAAGACGCCUGGUCGAGCUGUUCGCACAAGUACCAGUCCUUCGUCACGUCGCGGUAAAGAAUCACGCUCCUGUCCGGAAUUAUGA